CACAUCAAUGGCAGAACCACCGGAUACGAGAGCCCGAAGACGAAAUGAGACACAAGCUAACCCUGGUCCAAGCACAGCACCAGCCAGUCAGGCAGCUGCAACCCAACAACUACCAGCUGAUGGAGUGAGGGAUGAUCAACAAACAACUCAGUCCGGCAGCCGACAGCCUUCCCAGCAGGAACCAAUGCCACAACCACCGCCACAACUACAGCCAAGACCGGAUUACCCACAACGAAGUGGAGCCAGCAUAGGAAGCAUCGGCGCAAUCAGCGGUAGCCAGAACCCUAUCAUUGUUAGUUCAAGUGGAGUUAAUAUCACUUAUCACAACAUGCCGUUGGAGGGACCAGAAAUCACCAGUCUCCAGGGGCCAGGUACCUUUGAGGAUUUGCAACAUGAAAUUAUCGACAGCUACAAGCAAACUGCAACGACUAUUCCUGCACACCCUAUACUGGAGACACGUAAUGUAGAAAUUGAUCAAUUCUUUAUUCCGCUCCGUCUGCAAAAGAACAUUCCAGGCAAAACAAAAUCAGUGAGGUCGGUGACAUUACCAGAAGGAAAAUUAUUCUUGGAUGAAGCACUAUAUGACAUUCUCAAUUCCUUGGAUGAUUUGUUCAAUCAGGAAAAAGUUAAGGAAAUCAAGAUUCUUCUUGUUGGCGGGGCCGGGACGGGUAAAUCAACCCUGUUAGUGAAAGUUGCAAACUCCUGCAUCACACUUGGUUCAAAACCCCUACUUGGUCGAUUCGAUCUUGUGAUUUGGAUAAAGCUGAGACAAAUGCAGCAAUCUAGCUGUGUCUUGGAUGCUAUUUUUGACCAAAUUCUAGCACAAAACACCAAACUGAGGAGACAAGAAGUGAAAGGGUUCAUUGAUGAUCAUGAAUCAGGCAUUGCUCUGCUGUUGGAUGGAUUAGAUGAAAUUCCGUCUCAUGUUUUGCAAUCUAAGGAGGGCGUGUACAGGGUUCAGGAUAUCUUACACAACAAAGUCCUUACCAAAUGUUUUGUGUUGGUCACUACCCGACCGCAUAUGGUGGAUUAUGUAUUGGGGGGUCACCCACAUUACGCUCGGGUUGAAACAUCAGGUUUCACACCACGAGACAGAGAUCAGUACAUCAGAUUAAACUUUCCUGAUGAUGCUGACAUGGGAGAGGCGUUGGUUUCAUAUCUGGAAGACAAUGCAAAUAUGCAGGAAAUGUCUGUAGUUCCAAUCAUUUCCCAGAUGUUGUGCCUUGUUUGGAAGAAUCAAAAGUCCUUGCCAGAGAGAAUUACUGAGCUGUACAAAGAGUUUGCAGUGGCUCUUUUCAAGCGCCGCAAUACAGAAAUGAGUGAUAAACAGUUAAUGUCUAACAUGAUGUCCAUCAUUGAUGGCUUGGGGCGUGUUGCAUUGCAAGGGUUACUAGACUCUAGAGGUGCAAGACUCAUGUUCAAUGAAACUGAAUUUCAGAAUUGUCAGUCUUCCUUAGAUGAGGGUCUUCGUGUGGGUUUCGUUCAACGUGAAAUGUUCACGAGUGGUCUGGAUGUAAAAUUGUUGGUCACUUUCCCCCACAAGUCCAUCCAAGAAUAUUUCGCAGCAUGUCACCUAGUGCAAUUGCUUGACAGGUUUUUUUUUGGUAAAAAAAAAUUCCGCCGCCAGUUGAAGCAGAUUGGAACCCAUAAUGUUCAUGAAAUGGAAUACCUGCUGAGAUUUUGUUGCGGUAGAUCAAGGCAGGCAGCUGGUCUCAUACUGGAUCACAUACAAGAGAUGCAAGGUGAUCAGGAGAAACUGCAGAGAUUGGCUCGGUUGCUGCUAUCCGAGUCUGGUUCAGAAGAGUUGACAACCAAACUAGUCAGACCAACUUGGGUAAAGUGUGAGAGUAACGAAAACCUGAAAUCACUGAGCUACUACUUACAGCAUGUCACUCCACCACUUAAAGGUACAGUUUUUAACAUGUUUGUAAGAAAGCAGGGGCUUACCCUUUUCAGGGGAGUUCUUCUGAGUGACAGCAUGGAGUCAACUAGGGUGAUAUUUGUUUUGUACUACUUGUCUGAGCAGGAGGGGGAGGAGCUUAGCCUCCUUGAGGAAACACUUGGUGUGGUGGAUGAACAGCGCCUUGCUCAAUUACGCCUUGUGGUUUACAUUGAGGCAAAGUCAUGGUUUGUUUCGGGGCGUGUAUUACACAGCUGUUUCCGCAUGCCGGAACAAAUACUCACCCUUGGUUUGGCUAUCCGCCAACAAUCACCGGAUGAGGUUGUUGAUCUAUUGAAGGCACUGGAAGGAUGCAGGUUGCAUUUUCUCGCACUUUAUGGCACCAACCUGCAUACACGGUUGAGAGAUGUUAGCCACAUCCCGUCAUCCCUUACACACUUGCUCCUCCAUGCAUGCAGGUUGGUAGAUGAUGAUGUGAAGGACCUGAUUAGCAUCCUUCCUGCUGGGCAUGGUUUAGAAUCGCUUUACCUUAAUGACAAUGCACUCAGUUUGGAUGCAGUCUGGACUCUCACCCAUCAUCUCCAAGGUCUCUUUAAGUUACGUGUGUUGGGACUUCAUAGCAUCGGCCUCGAUCCUGAGCUCGUCAGACAAGUUGUCAGUCAAAACCUCCCUCACCUGAAGGAAACACAAGAGGGAAUAUUCCUCAAGCCUAAAUAAUCUCCCACCAAGUCAUAACUCUCACCCUGUUCCCUAUGAAUGCACCACGCUCACGAGCCGCAUUAAACCGAAACAAGUAGCAUGUAUCAUGGGUCAUUUUAUGUGAAGGCAAUGCUCUGCC